CAGUCGGUUUAGUCGCGAGCAGCUCAGCUCUACGGUGACGUUAAGAGCAUCAACGUAAACCGAAAUAAACUUUCUGCUCUUUGGUUUGUGACCGGACACUUCACGCUUCGGAUUAACGGAUUUUUAACGAAAAAGACAGGAUUUAGGAGAAUGGCCGAGCACGAAGGAAGAGUUCACCCUCACUGAGCGAAGAGGAAGAGGAAGAGGAAGAGGAAGAGGAAGAGGAAGAGGAGGAUGGAGCGAGCUCACAGCCUCCUGCUGAGCGAGGCGGCGUGCAGUCAGCUGGCUGAACAUCAGCGGCCGCAGUUCAUCUUCGAGUGGCUGACCCGGCUGAAGGAACUCCUUCCUGUCACCGACAGGGUCGACAUCAAGCAGAACCAGCGGCGUCUGAUCGAGCAGCUAUCGGGCGUUCUGAUUGGCUCCCCUGGCCCGCCCACCCGCUGGCUGCUGGCCCACUGCGUGGCCCUGCUCUACCGCCUGGGAGACCCCAUCGCUGCCAGCCUAUUCGUCGACAGGUGCCAUGACAUCAUCCGCAGCAAAGACGACUCUCCGUCGGGGCUCCCGACCCGACUGGCGGCCAUUGCGUGUCUUGGUGCUCUGUUUGAGCAGCUCGGCCGGAUGCUCUUCGGCUCCUUCAAAGACACUCUGACCAGCCUGCUGAAGGCCAUGAAGAGCGCAGAGUCUCAGGGUCGAUACGAGAUCAUGCUGAGUUUGGAGAAGAUCCUGCGAGGUUUGGGCGCCAGCGCCGUGCCGUGUCACCGAGACGUCUACAAGGCGGCAAGGGCCUGUCUGACGGACCGGUCCAUGGCCGUACGCUGCGCCGCUGCCGAGUGUCUGCUGGAGCUGCAGAGGGAGGCCACCUUCCUGUGGACCAGCGAGCUGGAGAACGUGGCCACACUGUGCUUCAGAGCCUUCGAAGGAUCCAACUACAGUGUCCGAGUGUCUGUGGCCAAGCUGCUGGGAACUCUGCUGGCUGCUGCUGUGGAGCCACGGCAGCCUACCGCCCCGCGUCAGGCUGUGCGUGGACGGAGCUCUCUGGAGGAGGUGAUGGAUGUGUUGUCGGGGGGGUUCCUGCGGGGUGGUUUCCUCCGAGCCAGCGGAGACAUGCUGAAGGGCACGACCUCCGUCAGCAAGGACAUCCGCAUCGGAGUCACGCAGGCCUGCGUGGUCUUCGUCUCCACCCUGGGCGGCUCCUGGUUGGAGGGGAACUUCCCGGCCUUCCUGUCCCUGCUGAUGGAGCUGGCGUCCCACGGCCGGGCCACGCAGACGCCUGGCGAUGCCGCGGUGACCCGAUGCUGCGUCUCCUUCAUCCUGAGGAGCACCCUGGGGUCUCUGCUGGGGGAGAAGGCUCAGACCAACGCCGCCAAGCAGCUCUGCCUCGCCGUGGCGGCACAGAAACCGGCCAUCGAUGCAGCUCUGACCGAUGGGAACGUUGAGACCAGAGUCUCUGCUGCAGACGUCGCAGCCAGUCAGCACAUGUUGGUCUGCUGCCUGCUGGAACUGGGAGGACUCAUACAGGGACUGGGAACCACUGCAGCCCCCCUCCUCACUGACAGCAGCACAGCCCUCGUGGACACGGUGAUCUCCGUCCUCCUCCACCCGGCCGCCUCCGCCCGUCUGGCCGCCGCCUGGUGCCUGCGCUGCGUUGCCACGGCGAUGCCGUCCCAGUGUUCGCCGCUGCUGGAUCGCUGUGCCGAGCGGCUGGUGGCGCUGAAGUCUUCCCCCGAAGCCGUGGCCGGGUACGGAGCCGCUGUGGCCGCCCUGGUGGCCGCCGUGCAGCACUGCCCUCUGGGAAUACCACACACCAAAGGCAUGGUGGUGCUGUCUCUGGCUGAAGACCUGCUGCGUUCAGCCUCUCAGAACAGUCGUAUCUCUCUGCAGAGGACUCAGGCUGGCUGGCUGCUCGUCUCCUCUCUCAUCACGCUGGGCCCAGCAGUAGUGGAGCACCACCUGUCCCGUCUCCUCCUCCUGUGGCGGUGUGUGUUUCCUGCCUCACUCAGGGAGCAGGAGAUGGAGCUGAGGCGAGGGGACUACUUUACGUGGCAGGUUACGCUGGAGGGACGUGCCGGAGCACUCUGUGCGAUGAAGAACCUGCUGCUGCACUGCAGGGAGCUGGUCACCGAUGACAUCAUCAGCCGUCUGCUCACGCCAUUGGCCUGCGCUGUGGCCCUGCUCACCAGGUUACCUUCUCUCCUCAGGUCUUACAGCAGUUCAGUCCGCAGCUCAUCGGUCGUCUACAGACUCAGAGUCUACGAGCUGCUCGCUCUGCUGCCUCCUCACACCUACCAAGAGAGUUUUGGUGUGAUGAUGAACCAGCUGGUGUCUGACCUGUCCGGUCCCGACAACCUGAACCAACCGUGUUCGGAGCACACGCUGCUGCCCCCCCUCUGUCACCAUGACGACCUGCAGCUGAUUGGCCCCGCCCUCCACCACACCGACCACCGAUACAUCCAGGAACAGCUCCAUGGCAGCAGUGUGGGAGGAGGCUCUCUGGACAACGAUGCCUUCAGUCUGUGUGAGAAGAGUGAUGAAGCUCCUGCUCCUCUUCCUCCUCCGGUGGCUCUGACCGCCGCCGCCGUUCGCCUCUUCGGGGUGCUGCACCCCCACGUCAUCUCCGCCCAGAGGGUGAAGAUCUUGGAGCAGUUUGUGGAAACGGUGAACCAGCUGAAGGGUCAACGGCAGCAGACGGUCCAGACGCAUGUCUGUGCUGCCCUCUGCAGUCUGCUCAAGCACCAGGCCGGUAUUCGGGGCUCCCUGGGCCCGGAGGAGGUGCGUUCCCCGGCGCUGUCCCUCCUGUCGGGGGGGCUGGAGAGCCCCGGUCCUCUGCUGCGCUGCCUGGCGGCUGAAGGUCUGGCCCGGCUGGUCCAGCUGGUCGGAGACCCCGGCUUCACCGUCUCCGUCUCCCUGCUCUGCUUCGACAGGUUGAAGUCGGCUCGGGACGCAGCGUCUCGCAGCGGCUACGCUCUGGCUCUGGGCGCGCUGCAGCGCUACACCGGAGGAAUCAGCUCGCCACAACACCUGUCCACCUGCCUGGGAGUCCUGUUCACCCUGAGCCAGGACAGCACCUCGCCAGAGGUCCAGGCCUGGUCUCUCCACAGCCUGUCUCUGGCGGUGGACCUGUCCGGCGGUUUGUACCGGGCCCACGCCGAGCCGUCCUUCACCCUGGUGCUGCGGCUGCUGCUGUCGGCCCCCCCCACCCACCCUGAGGUGCACCUGAGCCUGGCCCGCUGCCUGCACGCCCUCAUCACCUGCCUGGGCCCCGACCUGCAAGGUGAAGGAGCAGCGGUGGCCUCUCUGCGCUCCAGCUGUCUGGUGGGAUGUGGAGUGAUGCAGGACGGUCCCGAUGCUCUGGUUCAGGCCAGAGCCAUUUCCUGUCUGCAGCAGCUGCACAUGUUCUCGCCACCGCACGUCAACCUGGCCAAACUCGUCCCUGCUCUCUGCGCCCACCUGUGCAGCUCCUACCUGUGUCUGCGCCGGGCCGUGGUGGCCUGUCUGCGUCAGCUGGUCCAGCGGGAGGCGCUGGAGGUCUCCCAGCACGCCGUGGAGCUGGUCAAAGAGCUGCCGAGACGAGACAACACACAGCUGGACGUCACCAUAAAGGAAGUGGGUCUGGAAGGUGCUCUGUUCACCCUGUUGGACCGGGAGUCUGAUCCGGGUCUGCGGCGGGACAUCCAGGAGACUCUGGUCCACAUGAUGUCGUCCAGCGCCACCAGCGGGAAGCUGGGCCACUGGCUCAAACUCUGCAAGGAUGUCCUGUCUGCAACCACCGACUGCCUGGCUCCGGUGGAGGCGCGGCAGGAGGAGGAGGAGGCCCGAGAGGACGACUCCUCUGCCUUCAGGGCCGGCUCGGAGGCCAGCGGCCCGUUCACGGCGCUGCGCUGGGCCACGCGGCGCUUCGCCGUGCAGAGCGUGUGCCGCAUCAUCGCUCAGUGUGACAGCGCUGACCAGGCACACUUCAACAUGGAGCUGGCUCAGGAGAGACGCCUGCACGAGUCCACCGACUUCCUGGUGCUCCAUCUUGGUGACCUGGUGCGCAUGGCGUUCAUGGCGGCGACGGACCACAGCGACCAGCUGCGGCUGGCAGGUCUCCAGACGCUGCUGGAGAUCAUCCGACGCUUCUCGGCCAUCCCCGAACCCGAGUUCCCCGGCCACGUUAUCCUGGAGCAGUACCAGGCCAACGUGGGAGCUGCUCUCAGACCGGCCUUCACUGCUGAUGCUCCUCCUGACGUCACCGCCAAAGCCUGCCAGGUGUGCAGCGCCUGGAUUGCCAGCGGUGUGGUCAGCGACCUGCGUGACCUGCGGCGAGUCCAUCAGCUCCUGGCCUCCUCAUUGGCUAAAGUCCAGGCGGGGAGGGACACGUGCAGCCAGCUGUACAACGAGGCCACCGCUACCAUGGAAACACUGGCCGUCCUGAAGGCCUGGGCCGAGGUUUACAUCGUAGCCGUUCAGAGGAGCAGCCAUAAGGAGAGGCCCGAUAGGAUGACCGACCUGUCCGUCUCCUCCUCUCUGGCCAAUCACGGCUCAGGCUCCGAGUCAGAAGGGGCGGGCCUCCUAAAGUUGGUCCAAUCAGAUCUGUUGACCCUGAGCCGCCUGUGGCUGGCGGCGCUGCAGGACUACGCCAUGCUGACCCUCCCGCAGGAGAACGCUUCACAGCUCCCUGCAACAGGAGGUUCUUUCUACACAGCAGAGACGUUGAACCAGGCCAGAGCUCAUUACUCCUCCUCCUGGGCUCCCAUGCUGCACGCCACCUCCCUCUGGCUCCACAGCACCGGUUUCCUGAUGUCAGACGACACACCUGUUAACCUGUCCAGACCGGCCACGCCCACCUCCAUGGGACGGCCCGGGGGCGGAGCCAAGAGUCCAGAGGACCUCAACACCGACAGACUGCAUCUCAUACUGGGGAUCAGUGUGGAGUUCCUGUGUUCUCCGCACUCAGACGACCAGAUGGAGAACAUCACUUCCUGUCUGCGAGCUCUGCAGGCGCUGCUGGACAUCCCCUGGCCCCGCGCUAAGAUCGGGAGCGACCAGGCUCUGAGUGUGGAGCUGCUGAGCGUGCUCCACCGUCUGAUGGUGACCAGAGAGUUCGUCUCCGUCCAACUCUCCGUCUUAGAUUUACUGCGACAGAUCGUAACGGCUACUCAGGAGCACGUCAGGGAGAAACGCCACAGCGCUGAGGUGGAUGACGGCGCGGCAGAGAAGGAGACGCUGCCGGAGUUCGGCGAGGGACGGGACACCGGCGGUUUGAUUCCCGGGCGCUCGCUGGUGUUCGGAGCGCUGGAGCUUUGCCUCUGUGUGCUGGUCCGGAAACUCCCACAGCUCAGCCCCAAACUGGCCGGAACCAGUCCAACCGGUCCUGGAGGUUCAGUGUGGAGUCUGACCGACAGCAACUGUCGGCUGGUGGCGUCUGCUCUGUGUGUCCUCUCCGAGCUGCCGUCCGUCUGCUCCCCAGAAGGCAGCGUGUCCAUCCUCCCCACAGUCCUCUACCUGCUGCUGGGAGUCCUCCGAGAGCUCACGGGGGGCUCUGUGGGCGGGGCCGGUCCGGGCUCCGUGGUCCAGGCGGCUCUUCAGGCUCUGAAGUCGGUGGUGACGUCUCCGAUGAGCCGGCAGGAGAAGAGCCGCGGAGCCUGGAGGCUGCUGCUGAGAUCGGCUCUGAACACACUGCUGGGCCUCUGGGACACCGGAGACGGUGUUGUGGAUCAGGUCAGUCUGCUCACGGCUCUGACCGUCUUCCUGCUGUCUGCUGGUCCAGACGUCUGCACCGUGGAGCCACUGCACGCGCUCUGUCUGCAGCGCUUCACCACCGGCAUGGACGCCAAAGACCCGCUGGUUGUGAGUCGCUGUUAUCAGCUGUUAACGUCGGUGUUCCAGGCUCAGCCCGGCAUCGCCGUCCCGUACAUCCAGGCGCUCGGACCGCCGCUGGUUCGAUUCCUGCAGAGGGCGGAGCGGAGUCGUCCUCAGAGUGCCGAGGAGUUGUUGGGAGUCCUGGAGGGAGUCCAAGCGAUGGAGGCGCUGGUCCAAGCCGCAGACGAGUCCCAGCGUGCUCCGCUGGUGGCCAUCUUGUUUCCUCUCCUCGUCUCCUUCCUGCUGGAUGAAAACGCUCUGGGCUCGGCGCCCGCGGCGUCCCGUUCUCUCCACCAGGCGGCGCUCAAAGACCUGAUGCGCCUCGGUCCGCAGCACUCGGCCGUGUUCAGAUCGCUCAUCGCCUCGUCUCCUGCGCUCAAGUCUCGUCUGGAAGCCGCCGUCAAGGGCAACCAGGAGAGUCUGAGCGCUAAAGCUAGCAGCGCUAACCCCGCCGCCAAGUCCUCCCCCAGCAUCACGCUCAAAACCAACUUCCUGUGAGGCCACUUCCUGCUGCUGCGUUCACUGACCCCCUCGGGACAAACGCUACUCUGGGAAUCUGGAGCGGUAACACGAAAAGACAGAAGAGUAACAGACAGUUUGGGUUCAGAGCUGCAACUAGCGAUUAUUUCCACCCUGGAUUAAUGUGUGGGUUAUUUUCUGGAUGAAUGGAUGAGUAGUUGGUAGGGGUGGGAAUCACCAGAGGCCUCACGAUACGAGAU